AUGGACCACAAGCGCAAAGCGAAUGGCGCAACUGCCCCAGGAGGCGCCGAGACUGACGACCGUGCCGCCAAGCGUCGAAAGGCUUCUGCUGUCAAUCUCUCCGCAUCUGCUCCAAUUCUCCCUCCAACACACUUCGCAUUCGAGAGCCCCUUGCCGCGAUCCCGUGUCACCCGAUUUGCUAACGACAACCCCCUCUGCGCGCAGGACUUUGACCUCUUGAAAGGGGAGACAAAGGAGUCGACAACGCAAUAUGGAUUCGCUUUCCUCGAGCAGAUGCGUCGGACUACUGACAAGAGUGGCCGCCUCAUCGCGACAUAUUUCGAAAAGCUCCUGCCGAAGGAAGAGAACAAGGAAUAUUACAAGCAGAUCCGCAUGCCAAUCUCGUUGGAACUCAUCGAGCGCAAGUUGAAUGAUCAUGAGUUCUCCAACUUGUCCGAACUGGAGAGCUAUGUCAAGCGUAUGAUCCAGAACGCAAAAGACUUCUACGACAAGAAGACCGAGGUGUACGAUGACGCCGAGCGCGUGAGGAAGACGCUGAGUAAUUUCAUGACCAAGAACAACCCGGCGUAUAAGCUGGUAUCGGGAUACAGCGCGGUGCCCACCCCAAUUCCGGAAGAGCUCGAGGCAGAGUCAGAUGCCGAGGCUGACGGCGAGGACGAAGCCGCCGAAGAAGAUGCCGAAGCUGAAGAGGACGAUGCACAGGAGGAAGCUGCUGAGGCGGAGGAGGAGGAGGAUGCAGAGGCAGAGAGCGAAGAAGACGUGGGGCGAGGCGCGUCAAGGAGAAGACGAGCCAGCCGCCAGUCUGCGCGAUCUCCCAAGAAACCUGCCGCACCAGCUCCGAGAGCCGCCGACAGGGCCAACGUCAAGCCAGACCAUCAGUACGAAGACGUGCCGUACAAGGGCCUGUCGUUCCAAGAAGCCCAAGAGAAGAUCGUGGAAGAGCUGAUCCGCAGGCCGGACGAAGAGGACGAUACAUACGUGUACUUUGAGCCUUUCCUCAAUCUACCACCCCGCAGCUUGAAGGACUACUACCAGGUCAUCAAAGAGCCUCUCUCCUUGCGAAAGCUACAGAAGCUGGUCAAGGGCAUUCACGGCCGCGGCGAGAAGAGUGGUGUGUCAGACUACAAGACGUGGGCGGCUUUUGAAGAGGCUUCCAGCCUUUUGUGGCAGAAUGCCUAUUACUACAACGAAGAUGGCAGUGAGAUCGCGAACAUGGCCAAGGAGCUUGAGGAAUACUUCUAUGACCAGCUGAAUGAGGCCAAGGCGGUUGUGCCCGAGCCUGUUCAGCCCAAGAUCAAGAUCAAGUCAUCGACCAGCGCCCAGGACACACCGCCGGCAGCUCUGCCGAGGAGAAUCACGAUCCAUGUUGCGAACACCCGGGGAAGCUCUGCCGAGUCUCCGGCCCCCGCCACGGGCAGUGGGUCAGUUGCUUCAGAAGCAGGUGCCAAUGGUGUCCGCGCCCCUUCUGUCGGUCAAGGGACCGUGCCUCCAUCGGGGCACGACAAGGCUCGCAGCGUCUCGAUCACGGGAGCGUCACCGAGUCCUUCAGUGGCAAUGAAACCCGAAGAUUCAAGGCAAUCACCAGCAGUCAAUGGUGUAGCGCAAACUCCGAACGGCCAGGCUCCGGCUAGCCAAGCAGCUCCAGGAGCCCCGACACCGAAUGGACAUCCUCCUGUGCCGGUCAAUCUCGGGCCGGCUUACGAUACUAAAUUCCGCCUUCCAGGAAAAGGUGUUGCAGAUGCCUUGAUCACCAACCUCGUCUUGAGAACCAACCCCAGCAUCCCUGUGGAACGGAGAUUCCACCUCCAGAUCCCUGCUCAUCCCAAGGAAGCCCAACAGUCUCUGACUGUGAAUGUGCCACCUAACCACUGGAAGAUGCAGAUCAUUCCCACGAUUGCCGGGUCCCUGGAGCAGAACCGCGCGUACAAGUUGUAUGUGAUUGUUAACGGCAUCGUCCUACCACGCGGGAUCCCGGUGCCCAACGACCCGAUCGAGCCUGGCGCGCAGCUGUUCGAGGGCCAGCUGGUUCCGGGCGUCAACACCAUCCAGGUGCAGAUCAUCGCAGCAGUGCCCAAGGGGGAGAAGCUGCCGAACGGAUCCGACGUUGAGCUCGAGAAGUUUACGAUUCUUGCAAACAUGUUGAGAUACUAG